AUGGCAGAACCAUCGUCAUCAUCAACAACCCAACCCGAAACGGGAGCAGCAGAAGAGCAGCAAAAGAAAGAAGCACUAGCAGCAUUCACAGCAACGCUCCACUCAGUCGGCACAAACCUAGAAGCGCCGCUCCGCGACCGCGCAGCCACGAUACAAUCAAACACGGCCGCACUAAAGCUCCAAGAGACCUCGCUCCAAGAAAGUUCGGCUAGGCUUGCGCGGCAGAAUUCAGAGUGGGAGGAUAUUGCCGAGGAGACGAGGCAGGGGUUGAAGGAGAUUGGAGAUGUGCAGAACUGGGCGGAGGUGAUUGAGCGGGAUUUAUUGGCUUUGGAGGAGAUGAUGGAUAGUGUUGAGGCUAAGGAGCGGGAGGUGGAGGUGGAACUUGAAAGAGAGGAGCUUGAGAGGAGGAAUGGGGAUGUCAACGAGGAUCUUGAUGGGGAUUUUGGUGUUGAUGCUGGUAAUAGCAAGAAGAGUAGUAGAAGUUGGUUCCGAUGGUGGUGA